AACUUUCGACAGCCUUUAGUACAGAGUGAGAAUAUUUCAAGAGAAGUGAAGUUUGGCCAAGCACAGCUAGCCGCUCCGCUGCCCUCUUACUAACACAGUGGCGGGCUGCUGUAACACCGUUUGGGCUCUUUUGGACUUUUAGGCACGCAGGCUUGACUAUGGAGGUCGUCCGGGCAUUUUUGUGUGUGCUGUCCGUGUUUGUCGCUCUAGUCUCGGAGAGGUUUGCGGUGGUGGCUGCCUUCUCUCAGGCUCUGGACAGCGACUUCACAUUCACUCUACCCGCCGGUCGAAAGGAGUGUUUCUACCAGACCAUGAAGAAAGAUGCCUCACUGGAGAUUGAAUAUCAGGUAUUAGAUGGUGCAGGUCUCGAUGUAGAUUUCUUCAUCUCCUCUCCCUCUGGCCAAGUGCUGUUCAGUGACUACCGCAAGUCAGAUGGGGUGCACACUGUUGAAACUGAGGAUGGAGACUACAUGUUCUGCUUUGACAAUACGUUCAGUGCCGUCUCUGAGAAGAUCAUCUUCUUUGAGUUGAUCCUGGACAACAUGGACACAGAUGAAGACCCAGAUGACUGGAAGGAGUAUGUUCAUGGAAUAGACACGCUGGAUAUGAAGCUGGAAGACAUUAUGGACACCAUCAACAGCGUGAAGGCUCGCCUGGGCAAAAGUGUACAGAUCCAGACGGUGUUGCGGGCGUUUGAGGCUCGUGACAGAAACAUCCAGGAGAGUAAUUUUGACAGGGUGAACUUUUGGUCGGUGGUAAAUCUCAUUGUUAUGAUGUUGGUAUCGGCUGUUCAGGUUUACCUAGUCCGCUCACUGUUUGAGGAUAAAAGGAAAAUUCGUACGUAACACUGCCCUACAUGGAGGAACAGAGAGAGAAACUAACGCACUUGCCCGCAGAUACCUUUGGGAUGUUUUUCAGCUGAUCUCUUGGCUUGGGACUCUUAAAACAAGAUGUUGUCUACACACAUACAGAUGCAUGCACAAAAACACAGACAUAUUGACAUUCUCAGUAACAAAUUUGCCACAGUUGUUGCUCUGACCUUCAGUCCACUGGAGUUUGAGGGACAGCAGGAGUCCCUGGUUUGGAUCAGGAACUUAGAACUGUCAGCCCCUCUACUUUGUAACCUCAGUCUCUUUAUUACAGAAGAGUCUCUUUGUCUUUAAAACUUGUAAAUUGUUUUAUAGUCCUUCAUCGCUGCUGUGAGUCUUCAAAGAAAGUGACAUGACUGGCAGGCUAAUGAUGUGACUAUUUCAGCUGCAAAUAGCAAAAAUGUCCCUUUUUCUUUGGAUGUUUUUAUUUAAGUUGAACUAAAUGAAGAAAGGGUAUGGUGAAGAAUUUGAUUCAUUUCUGCCAAACAGGAGUGGGACAUGGAACUAGUCUGUCAGUAUGUCUUCCCAUAUUUUAGCUACUCUCAAAAAUGUACCUUUGUAUGUCACAAAGAUGCCUUAGUGUUUCGCAUUUAGCUGCCAGCCUUUUGCCAGUCUGUGAGGCCUUUGAAUUUUUCUCCCAUUGACAUGAACCUUUAUGUUGUUAACAGAAAAUCAGUCACACUUUCUCUGUCAUGCCAAUUCUGGAAAGUCAGGUCAAGUGAGGUAGGGCCACUUUGUUAUGGCUGCUCUUUGGCAUCCAUUGGACCACGGAGUAGGAAGUGGGAGAAACAGAAAUGGAACAUCUUCAAAUCUCUACCCUCACUGGGACGUCUGCCAUGGCCCGUGGACUUGUAACCUAAAUGGCUGCCAGCUCCACUACCCUCCGCUGUGAAGCCUCACGGCUGCUGGCGGGUGUCUGUUUACAAGCCACCUCCUGCGUGAAGAUGUUGAGCCUGCCUGUUUCUCUGGUGACAGAAGUCUAUUUCUAUCUUACUGACACCUGCAAGGUCAUUACCACUACUACAUGGGUGCACUGCUCAGUUUAAUAUGCACAAGCCAUUCACUGCCUUGGCUACAUCAGUAUUCUUUUUAAAUCUUAGUGUCUAUGUGUUUAAUCUGAAAUUCACAUUUUAUUAUCCAAGAUUACAAACUAACUUCUGAUCAUUGCACUGCGACUGAUGCCACAGAACAACAUAUUUCUUUUUUUGUUAUCAUAUUCUUAGAAUACACUUUAGCAUUUUGGGCCGUGAAGUGUUUAUUGGAUUAUCGGGGGCCCACCAGAAACGGGUCCAUAACUUGUCCUGAUUUGUGGGUGAAGGAGGGCUUUUCAGGAGGUUUUUAUCUCAUUGGUUGUUUGUAUUCUGUUAAGAUGCUGUGGUGACUGGCGACUAUAGUUGCUGAGGUUGUUUCUUUUAUUGGUAUUUACUGAGCUCCACAGUUGAAACCUGGUUGCUCACUGCCCUGUCUGGAAGCUCCGUGUUGCCACCAUCUGAAUUUUCCAUGUGCUGUUGGACACAGAUCGUACAGUGAGUUCAUGCCUUCCUAUUUUAACAACCUUAUGAAAGUGCUGUAAAACUAAACUCUGAGCAAUCUAGUAUUUUUAAAACAAUAUAGUUUUGCUAUACAGUAUGUGUGUGUGUAUAUCACACUGAGUAUUGUGAGUGACUGCAAUAACACAUAGGAUAUGUGGUUGUGAGAAAUGGUCAUCCUCUGCCUCAGUUUUACUGCUUAUUACCAUCCUCUAUUCCUCUGUCCAGCUACUCUCACUGUGAUAUGAAGCGUUUAAUGUAAGUGCUGUAUAUUGAGAUUCUGUAAAUUGUAUAAGUGAUGGAUUAGUAAUAUAAAGUUACAACUGAAACUGGUUUUCUUCAGAGUUCUACAAAAAUAAAAGUCUACAACAUUUUUAAAUGUAUUUCUAUGUUACUGAGUAGGAGACUGUUCAAGUUUCUGAUGCAACAGCCACACUGUCUUUGAAAAAUAUUUCUUAUCACCCUGAUGGAGCAGUGGGGAAGAGUGAAUGUGACGGUGUAUGGUAUUUAUUCAACUGAUGUUCUGUAGUUCUAAAUGUGUAUAAAUUAAACAAUCUUAUGUUUUUCUGA